CCCUUGUGCCCAGUCUGUAACGGUCAUUCGCGCGGUAUUGAAGUCCGACUCGGCACGUAUUACGAUUCGAACGGAUGAACGGAUCACUUUAAUCGCGGAUUUCUUUUCCCUUUCUCUACUUCUCUCUGUCCACCUUUGACUUUUCUACGCCCAUCGACGACCCACCGAUCCUUUCGAUUCUGUAACUCUGGUAUGGUGGUGUUUUCUUUAGCUGUGUGCCCUUUCAAAAACCGGACACCGUUUGGCGCGGUGUUUUCGGGAUAAGUGAAAAUCCAUCACAAAACAAGGAAACCGUUCCUUCACUUGUUCACUGGCAAGGCAAGGAAAACCCGUCCCCAGAUCCGUGCUUUCCGUGGUGUGUUUGUUUGUGAGGUGGUGCUUGUUCGCGAUAAGCAGAAAAACGGGGAGUCCAAGCCUGAACCAAAGCCGACGCCAACGUGUCUCCCGCAGGCCAAGUGAACCGGAAAUCGUAGUCGGCGACCAGAAGACCACCACCGCACCGCCACCGAGACAAAAUGAGCAAAUUCUAUUCGAUUUUUAUGCAAAUUUGUGUGAUCGCCGCAUCGAUGCAGGCCGGACUAAGCAUCAAAUGCUACAACUGUGACUCAACCAGCAACGAAGAGUGUAUGGAUCUGAAGCGAAACUCCGCCAUCGUCGCCGAGACGUGUACGCCCAGUAAAAUGGCGUCCACGACCGGUAACUGGUUGGCGGACCUGACACGCAUCGAGUACUUUGGCGGUACGGAAAUUACGGUGCCGAUGGUGUGCCAGAAAAUCGUCGCCUCUAAUGAAAAUGGCGAUACGAUGACGUACCGUGGCUGUCAGCUGGACGGAGGUAAAACCGACCCCUGUCAGAUCGCGUACGGCAAGGCGAAGCUACAGCGUGGCGUAAAGAUCGAGUCCUGUUCCAUCUGCAAGGAUGAUGCGUGCAAUGCCGCACCACGGUUGGCAGCUCGUCCAACGGUUUGGUUUCUAGCCGGUAGCGUGCUCGCUCUGUUCGGAUUCUCCGCCCGACGGCUCGCUCUGUAAAACGUACUUAUCCACAUCAUCAUCCACACCUUCAACGGCGUGCUGAAUAGUACGCGAACUAUCUAGCGUCAGUGGUCAGUUCAUCAUCGAACCUGUACAUAUUGAUUGAUUGAUAAAAUCAACCCGCAUUAAUGCACACGUGGAAUCUGCUGCUAACUGCUCAGCGCUGCUGCGUCAACUGCGACGUCGGCACCGAUGAGCCAUCACGACCCUUUAUCGUCUGUAAUCCGCGCGCCAAACGCGCCCCCUACUAUAAAUAGGAUCCCAUCCAAAAUAAAGCUUUCUCUAGCUAUUUAAUCAGUACCGAAUUAAUAACUUGCCAGCUUAAUCAUCCCGCGCCUUAAUCAAUCUCUGACUCACUCUCCUAACCCGAUGGCGUGUGGUUAAAAAAAACACACACACACAAAGUCGCUUUAUUAUGAUAACGGGCGUGAGUCACGCGGCAUAUAUUUGCUGGGGUGUAAUAUGAUCGAUUUUUAUUCUUUCCUUCUUCUACCGGGAGACACGCUAGUGAUUGAGUAGAUAAAAGCGUUAUGAACAACGCAAUCUAACGGACGAAAAGGGAUAAUGUAGAACGAGAAUGGAGAGAAGGUGCGAUAAGGCAGCUCGAGGAACAAGAGCUGAUAGCAAAACUAAGCUAAGCUUUGCCGAGAACAUACCGCUAGAAGUAAAAUUAAAUAAUUAGCGAAAAAGAGCGAACAAAAGUGGCGUUGAAGAAAAAAUUAGCGAAACUAUUGGAAUACAGCCCCCGAAGAUCAAAUUCACGCAUAUGCCUUCAUUCGAUUAACAAACAGAAAAAGGAAGCAAACAUUAAUGCAAAACUUGUUGGGAAGCAUAAGUUAAGAUUGUCAUAACUACACUUAUGAAUAACUCUAAUAUUCAAACACUAGAGAUAACACACACUCGUAACUGAUAAAGGAGAGGAGCACGAUGCAGUGAUGGAUAAUGGAGCCAGUUUGGAGCCGAUUAAGUUAGUGUGCGCUUCACGUAUGUCGCUUUGUCACACGAUAAUAAGAAAAAACCCAUCUCCAAGAAAUCUCUUAGAAAUUAUGCUAAAGUUACAGUGUUUUACAGCAGGAUAUAGAACAAGUGUCUCGAUGUUUAAAACAGCGUGCGGUUGAACCUGUGUGUGUUAUGUCAAAAUCGCACAAUGGUUACAAUCAUUUAGACACUUGUUAUAUGGGCUGAAAAACACACACACACACAUUGUAAGUGGAUGUAGGGACGAUUUGAUAACACAAAAUAAAACCAUUAGAAAACAUAUGCAGAUAUAUAGUCGCUGCAGUUUUGUUUGUUGUUUGGCACAAUAAUUAUUAGUCAGAUAGUGAGGAGGGAAGUAAAAAACAAAAACCAAUGGGAGACUUCUAAGUCCCAAACCAGCCGGCUAAUAUUAGCUCAAAUGUGUGUGGUAUGAUACUAGCGUUGGAAGUAGUAUGAGUAGAAGCAUGUAAACACCAGUCGAAAAUACACCAUCAACACGCACACCCUCACCCAUUAACUGCACACCGAUAAGCCGACAAGUGUGGCGAAUCUCUUUCUGUUUUAAAUAAUAGUUACAAGUAAGUUGAAAGAGUUAAAAAUAAAAACUACUUGCAAUGGUGGCACAAAGGAAACAAACAUGUUCGAGGCUUUACCACACUAAUACACUUACGACGGUUGAAUAAUGUCACCUUUUGAAGGCCCAUUUACGUUAACAGGCGUAAUAGUUUUAUGAUUACCGAUUAAAAAGGCAAGUCACGCAGUUUAGGUCAAUUGAGCACAUUCGUUGAUGUAUAUAAAACAUGUUUUUAGCCAAGUUUUUUAAACAAUCAAUUCUGUUGAUAAUAUUUUUCUCUUUUUAAAUAAAAUAAAAUAAAAAAUCAAACACACACGCACGCACAACCUUAAGCGAGCUCUUCUGAAUUGGGUAGAAUUUUUUUUUUUUGGUAACAGUACUGGUAGUGGAAUUUAGUCGCAAACAAACAAAUAAAAAAAUAUUUAAAAAACAAAAAUCAUCCAAAAAGCAAAAUUUAAGACAAACACCCAAAUCACGCAACUAAUAAUAACAAACAAACGAAAAACGCACUGAAAAAUGGAAGUAGAUUCAAAACAUAAAACCCACACACACCAACACAUGUAACACGUGAUUGAGGCGGAAACUAAAUGACACUAUCAA